ACGUUCAGUUCAGUCUUUAAAAGCUCCGAGCUUCCCACAAGCCAGAAAAGCUCCUAGCCCAGCAUACAGCACGCGCCAAGUUACAAGAAAAAUAAAUAAAUAUUUCUGCUCUGCUGCCGCUCUGCGAUUUGCCGUUAAAACGGAGUGUUAGUUGAAACGAUUUUUUUUGUUCAAGUGCUUUAUUGAUUAUUGAUUGAUUGUUCUGUGGCCGCUGAAGUUGAGUGCCCAAUCCGCAUCCCCAGCGAGUGGAGUGUCCCGCCAGGAGAGCACACUUGUAGUUUGACAAUGGGAAGCUCCAGGAAUAUCAUGCUGCUCCUGCUGGUGGCCAGCGCUGCCUUUGUCUCGUUGGCAGACGCCAAGACCGUCUUCAGGCGCACCGACAAGAUCUCCGAGAACUUCAAGCAGCUGGACCUGCCGCCCGAGGAGAUCGACCCAAACGUGGCGCCCCCAGAAUCGGAUCCACCCAAGGUGGAUGACGUCGAAGACAUGGCCGAUGAAGUCGCCUCCGCCUCUACCUCGCUGAUCGAUGAGAGCGCCAACGAGAUUUCCAGCGGCGAUGUGGGAGCUUUGCCAGCUGAAGCUGCCAAUGCGGUUGCGGAUGUGAUUCCCGCCGCCGCUGCCGCUCCUGCCCCUGCACCCGCUGCAGCUGCUGCUGCCGCCGCUGUGCCCGCCGCUGUGCCCGCCGCUGUGACCACAGUGGCACCCAAGGUGACCACGGUCAAGCCGGUCACGGAGGACAAGAACCCGAUCAACAGGUACUGCAAGUGCACGGAGACCCACUGUGACUGCUGCCGCAAGAUUGGCCUGCCCCUGCUGCCCAGCGGACAGGGCUGCGCCAAGAUCGCCUACCUGGGCAACGACGAGAUGAGCGUCUCGCUGAAGUACGGCGACAUCACGCUCGCCUCGCGUCGCAUCUCCAGCAAGAAGGCCCGCCCCAUCUGCGUGGGCCUGCCCGGCGGCUACAACCAGUUCUGCGGCCGCGUCUACGGUCUUGGCCGCGCCAAGGACAACUUCAAGGCCUGCUUGGCAUUUGAGCUGCGCGCGGACGAUGAGGUGGAGGCCCAGCUACGCGUCUCCUGCUUCAAGUUCGGCAAGGACGGCCUCCGGGUGGCCGAGGCUGAGCCCCUGCCUGCCAAGCCCAGCGGCGACGAUGACGACGAUGAUGAUGACGACAUCUUCGGCUUUGCCGCUGGUGGCGACGACGACGAGGAUGAGGAGGAUGACUACGACGCCGACGCCGACACCGACACCGACACCGAGACGGAUACAGACGAUGACGACGAUACCGAUGACUACACCGAGGACGAUGACGCUGAGGCGCCCGAGGAAGCCGACUACGGUGGCUUCAGCCUGGCCGGUCUACUCGACGAACUGGACGACGACGACGAUGAGAAGCCCGUAAAGAAGCCAGCGGCUGCAGCUGCUGCCAUCACACCGGCCGGGGAUCAGACCCGUGAGGAGGCUCAGACAACCACCGACCUGGUCCAGAGCAAAGACGACGCGGGCGCUACCGCUGCUGUCCCAUCUCCGGCUGCAGUGGCAGAGGAUGCUGUGGAGGAAGCCGUCGGCGCAGUGACGCCGGCGCCAGCCGAGACUUCCGCCGACUCGACAACGCCCAAGGCAAAGAAGUCGAAGAAAGCGAAAAAGAACAAGAAGAAGAAGGCUGUGUCCGCCGGAGCCGGCGAGGAGUCCGGCUUCGCCUACGAGCUGCUCAACGGCAUCCUCGACUUCUUCAAUUGAGCGGCCGUCGUGAGGACCGUGUAAAUACCUUGUACCCCCGGAUCCGGAUAUGCAGAUGGAACUGGGACUGGUACUAGAGCAGGAGCCAGAGUCGGAGUCCGGCUUCCUGGUGCUAGGGUUACGUAAUACUAUCUGUUAAGGGUCUCGUCAAAUAAUGCGCUUGCUUCACGAAAUUUAUUUAUUAUCUAUUUAUUCGAUUGAGAUUUUCGGGUGCGCGAUUCA